AUGGAGGGGCUGUACUCGCUGGGGGUGAGCGUGUACUCCGACCAGGGCGGCAGGAAAUACAUGGAGGACGUGACCCAGAUCGUGGUGGAGCCCGAGCCGCCGGCCGAGGCGGAGCGCGGCCCCCCGCACAAAGGCGGAGCGGCGCCCGGAGGCCCGCGCGCCGCCGAGCCCCUCGCCGAGAGCGGCCGGCGGAGGGGAGGGAGCCCGCGGGCGCCGGAGGAGGGAGCGCCGCCGCUCGGCCCCGGCUCCGGCCGGCGGCCGCGCGGCUCCGUGGCCUUCUUCGCCGUGUGCGACGGGCACGGCGGCCGGGAGGCGGCCCAGUUCGCCCGGGAGAACCUGUGGGGCUUCAUCAAGAAGCAGAAGGGCUUCGGCUCGGCGGAGCCGGCCGAGGUGUGCGCGGCCCUGCGCAAGGGCUUCAUCGCUUGCCACCGGGCCAUGUGGAAAAAGCUGCCAGAAUGGCCGAAGACCAUGACAGGUCUGCCAAGCACGUCGGGAACUACUGCCAGUGUGGUAAUUAUCCGCGGGUCAAAGAUGUAUGUUGCUCAUGUUGGUGAUUCAGGAGUGGUGCUGGGAGUCCAGGAUGACCCCAAAGAUGACUUUGUGAGAGCUGUGGAGGUGACACAGGACCACAAGCCGGAGCUUCCCAAAGAAAGGGAGAGAAUUGAAGGCCUUGGGGGCAGUGUGAUCAACAAGUCUGGCGUGAAUCGUGUCGUUUGGAAGAGACCUCGUCUGACCCACAAUGGCCCUGUGCGCCGCAGCACCGUCAUUGACCAGAUCCCGUUCCUGGCAGUUGCUAGAGCGCUUGGUGAUCUUUGGAGCUACGACUUCUACAGCGGUGAAUUUGUUGUGUCUCCUGAACCUGACACUAGUGUGCACACAAUUGAUCCCCAGAAGCACAAAUAUAUUAUCCUUGGCAGUGAUGGACUGUGGAACAUGAUCCCACCUCAAGAUGCUAUCUCCAUGUGCCAGGAUCACGAGGAGAAAAAAUACUUUAUGGGAGAGCACCGACAGUCUUGUGCCAAAAUGCUGGUGAACAGAGCACUAGGCCGGUGGAGGCAACGCAUGCUUCGUGCAGAUAACACUAGUGCCAUCGUAAUCUGCAUCUCACCGUUGCAGGAUAGCAAAAGCAAUUUGGAAAAUGAAGAAGAAUUGUAUCUCAACUUGGCAGAGAGUCCCUGCUAUAGCAGCCCUGAUAUGAAUGUCAUGACACCCUCCCGCUGCUGUACCCCACCUGUCAAGCUUUUAGAAGAUGAUCCAUGGCCACGACUGAAUGCUGCUGAGCCUAUUCCUCCCCUCAUGCACAGCAACAUGAUCACAGAUAAAUAUUUAGAGCUGCCAAAUGAGAUUGCCAAAAGCAAUUUACCUUCAUCAGGAGCAACCCUGAAGGAUUCAGGCCCACAGGAGGAGAAGUGCAGCAAAGCGUUGGCUUUGAGGAUACAUGAAUCCUACAGUAAUGGUUUGUCAGUCAGUCUGUCCCCUUCCAACUCCGCAAAUUCAGGCACGGACCAAAAAGGCUUCAAGGUGUCUCCCAACGGCCAAACAAAAGCCCAAGAUGCAGAGAGGACACCCACAGCAAACUUUAAAAGGACAUUGGAAGAAUCCAACUCUGGCCCAGCUCUGAAGAAGCCAAGACGUGGCCUGAGUCGAAACAUGAGCGUCCAGCCAGAAGGCAUGUCCACAACUCCGCAGCGCAAAAACUCAAACAAGCUGACCAUGCGACGCAGCCUGCGGGGCCAGAAGAAGCUCAGCAAUUCACUCUUCCACCCGCCCAGGAAAGCAGUCUGCGUUUGCUGAAGGGCAUUUGUGUAAGGAAGUGUAUUUUGGUCUGAUUAGAAUUUUGAAGUUGGUGCAGAAGUCUGAAACUCUUCCUGUUUAUCUUUUUUUAAAGUAGAAACUUUUUUUGGUAUCAAACAGCUUUAUCCCAGCCUUGUACUUGCUUGUAUUAUAACUGUGAAUUUUGUAGAUGUGUAGGGUAUAAGUCACUGUAAAAUGUGUGUAAAUUUGUAUUCCUUCAUAUAAAUGUAGUCUCUUUUCUUCCUUGUAUAAUUGUUACAGCGGGGCUAAACCUUGUUUUAAAAAAAAAAAAUCCUUUUUGUUAAUUUACUAAAGUCAUGAAUUUGUAUACGCUUCUUGUGAUGAGAAUUUCACAACUUUUUAACUAAAGUAAAUUAUUAAACAGAAUGGAAAAUAUGUAUUUUCGUAGUACUAUACGUUCCACCUAAAGUAUGUCUUUUAGAGAAUACACUAGGUCUAUAUUUUGUUUUUAAAUUUUAGAUUUCUCUACUCAGAAAUGAAAUGUACGUGGAAGCAGAGAUGUUGAGUCUUGCUUUACACAGCUCAAUGUCGAUUUCUUUAUGUUAAUUAAAAUACUAUGCAGUAUCUUAUUUAGUUGUAUUUUUUGUAACAUUAAUCGUCAAAGUAUUUAGCAAAAAAGCGUGUGUUUUAAAACUCCAACUCCCAAAAGCAUCCUAUAAAGCCAUUCCCAUCCCUUGUUAUAAAUGAUGGCAUUUUUAUCCAGGCAUAAAUGCCCUACGGAGGCAUGAGUUUUCUGCUAUUUCAAUACCGAUGGUGCUGCUAAUACCUUUCAACAAACGUUCUUAAAUUAUUUUAUGACUAUUUUCAUUGAGUAUGCGGACCAUGUGUAUGUUCACCUAAAUAAAACACGUGAAAAUUUGA